CCCAGCAGUGUCCCCCUGUCACCCUCUGUCACAGGAGCUGUCAGAGCAUGACCAGCCUGUUCAGCAACACUGUGUCACCCACCAAGGAGACCGUAUCUUCGCUGCCGCGCCGGUCGAGCACCCUGGGCAGGCCGCCUCUCCGCGCCCUCUACGACCUGCUCAUCGCGCCCAUGGAGGGGGGUCUGAUGCACUCCAGUGGUCCAGUGGGUCGCCACAGGCAGCUGGUGUUGGUUCUGGAGGGCGAAUUGUACCUCAUCCCCUUUGCCCUACUCAAGGGCAGCUCCUCCAACGAGUAUCUGUACGAGCGCUUUACUCUAAUCGCCGUGCCCUCCAUCCGCUCCCUGGGAGCCGCUGCCAAGGCACACCUUCGGCGCCCGGCGCCGGCACACUGCGGCGGCGGCUCCAUGGCCGCAGUGGUGGGCAAUCCGCGUCUGCCCCCGCCCGUCAUGGACCGCUGGCUGUGGGGGCCUAUGCCCUCAGCUGAGGAGGAGGCCAACAUGGUGGCAGAGCUGCUGGGCUGCCAGCCGCUUGCCGGCCCCGCCGCCACCAAAGAGCGUGUCAUGGCCGCCCUGGGUCAGGCCGAGUGCGCGCACUUUGCCACACACAUCUCCUGGAAGCUAGCCGCCCUGGUGCUCACUCCCACCCAGGAGGGGGCGGGACAGGGGUGUGGGCCCAGCCCCGGGGGAGCAGCCGGGACUGGAGGAGCCGGAAAGGGCAGCUUAGGGAGCAGCUAUACCAUCCCAGAGGGUCUGCGUGUGCUGGACGACAGCAGCGACGUGGAGAGCAUCUGCGACAGCCCGCCCCUGCAGGAGUUCCUCCUCACCGCAGCCGACAUCCUGGACCUCAGGCUGCCCGUCAAACUGGUCAUGCUGGGGUCGUAUCAGGAGUCUAACAGCAAGGUGACGGCAGACGGCGUGGUGGGGCUUACGCGGGCCUUCCUGGCGGCGGGGGCUCAGUGCGUGCUGGUGUCACUGUGGCCCGUACCCGUGGCCGCCUCCAAGGUGUUUGUUCACGCCUUCUACUCUGCCCUGCUCAACGGCACCAAGGCCAGUGCUGCCCUGACCGAGGCCAUGAAGGCCGUGCAGA